GCUCCUCCGAUAAGAGACCCUCCUACAAGGGCUGGACUCAGAUGGGUGGGAGGGGAAGUCGCAGGUAGGCCUCACGAAAAGCCUCGGUCUCGCUUAGCUGUCCGAGCCCAGGUGAUGAGGACGGCGGUGACGCUGGUACCGCUGCUGCCGCCGCCGAGGCGGGGCCCUUGCUAAGCCGAAAGAGGAGGCCACCGCUGCCGCUGUUAUGCCGGCCAAAAGGAAGCUGGUUCCUCCGGCCCUCAACAUCACUCCCACCAUCGCCGAAGGCCCCAGCCCUGCCGGCGGCGAGGGCGACGGCUCCGAAGCGCAUCUUGUGGACCUCCAGAAGAAACUGGAAGAGCUGGAGCUGGAUGAGCAGCAGAAGAAGCGGCUGGAGGCUUUUCUCACCCAGAAAGCCAAAGUUGGAGAGCUGAAGGACGAUGACUUUGAGAGGAUUUCUGAACUGGGAGCUGGCAAUGGCGGGGUGGUCACCAAAGUACAGCACAAACCCUCAGGGCUCAUCAUGGCAAGGAAGCUGAUUCACCUGGAGAUCAAACCUGCUAUCCGGAACCAGAUUAUCCGAGAGCUCCAGGUGCUGCACGAGUGCAACUCUCCAUACAUAGUUGGCUUCUAUGGCGCUUUCUACAGCGAUGGCGAGAUAAGUAUCUGCAUGGAGCAUAUGGAUGGAGGCUCCCUAGAUCAGGUUUUGAAGGAAGCCAAGAGAAUUCCCGAGGAGAUCUUGGGGAAAGUCAGCAUCGCGGUUCUGCGAGGGUUGGCUUACUUACGAGAGAAGCACCAGAUCAUGCACAGAGAUGUGAAGCCUUCUAACAUCUUGGUGAAUUCCCGGGGAGAGAUUAAGCUCUGUGACUUUGGGGUCAGCGGUCAGCUCAUUGACUCCAUGGCAAAUUCCUUUGUGGGCACUCGCUCCUAUAUGUCUCCCGAGCGUUUACAAGGCACUCACUACUCGGUCCAGUCAGAUAUCUGGAGCAUGGGCCUGUCCUUGGUGGAGCUGUCAAUCGGAAGGUAUCCCAUCCCACCGCCAGAUGCCAAGGAGCUGGAAGCAAUAUUCGGCCGCCCCAUGAUCGAUGGGGCAGAAGGGGAGCCCCACAGCAUCUCGCCACGGCCCAGGCCCCCAGGACGCCCUGUUAGCGGCCACGGGAUAGACAGCCGGCCUGCGAUGGCCAUCUUUGAAUUGCUGGACUACAUCGUUAACGAGCCGCCUCCAAAGCUGCCUAACGGGGUUUUCACUCAAGACUUCCAGGAGUUUGUAAAUAAAUGCUUAAUUAAAAACCCUGCUGAACGGGCAGAUUUGAAGAUGCUGAUGAAUCACGCCUUUAUCAAACGCUCCGAGGUGGAAGAAGUGGAUUUUGCUGGCUGGCUCUGUAAGACGCUGCGGUUGAACCAGCCCAGGACCCCCACUCGCACUGCCCUGUGACCGCCCAGCACACGGCCUUCUUCCUUCCCCCCCGCCUCCUCCUCCUCUCGUGCACCUGCUUGCCUGCUGCCGUCCGCUGCCCUUCAGCAGAAGAAAGAACCACCUUCCUUGGCCCGGCUGCUCCUCCGCCUCUCUGCUCCGGAACGGCAAAGUGCCAGAGUCGCGUUUUUUGGGGAAGCUGCCUGAUCAUCCACGACAGCGAGAGCCACCAUUGGCUUGCUUAGGUCACCUUCUUGUUUCGUUGCCUGGGCUUCACUUCCUCAUCCCGUAGCUGAGCAUGCUGCUCGCUCUCUUGGGAGCCUUUGACUUUGGACAUGGGCGGGGCAACAACAGCGUGCUGCCUUUUGUUUCCGUUUGCGUCCUCAGCUUCUGGAAAGAGAAGAAGAAGAGAAAAAGCGGUGCCUCCUCCCCCCUUGCUGGGCACUUGCGUCUUGGCUUGCGGUGGGCGCUGCAGACGGACGGAGACAUCGCUCUGGGGAGGGGAUGGGGCAAAGUGGGCUGAUGGCCAAAUUGGGCAGCGCAGUAGCUCCAUCGGAGCUGGCAGAGAAGUUGGGGACAGGGGCUUCCUGGACCCUGUCUGGGGAAGACAGUGAGAGUGCUGCACAAUUUAAGGAGGUUUGUGUUUGGUGGGCGAGCAGCCAGCAUUUAAUUCCUUCCCAGCCUCUCCCUCUUUUUUUGUUUUUCAUUUACACGGAAAUUCUUCAUUUCGGCUUGUUCUCUUAUCUGUUGAGGGCGGGAGGUGGGGGAGCCCUGCUUCAGGAUGAUAGUGGAACUGCCUUCACAUACGCUUCUGUGUAAUAUUUAUAUACCUGUGUCAGUGUCUCCAGUGCUCAUCCUGCUUAGAGUAGACCCGUGUUGAUGUUAGGUUCGUGAAUUCCAGUUGGGUCUGCUCGUGGGUAGGGCUACCAUUGGAGAUAACCCCUAAAUAAGACAAGCUGUGCACCAUGGGAAUUGUGUCGGUUGUUAGGAUGGAAGGGGGGAGCGAUUGCACGCAUACCACAUCUGCAAAGGCACGGCGGUUUUAAAGCCAUCUCCUUCCAAUCUUCACGGAGUGCUGUGUUUCUGGCGUGACGUGAGGAAGGGUCGGCCGUCCUUUGCGACCAUUGCUCAGAGGCAAAAUUGCAGCUUCUAGUUCUUGGCCCGGCGGCAGAGCCAGGGAGGCCACCUCUUCCUGCCCUCUUCCAAAGGCCAGGGUUUGGACUGCGUGCCAUUCCCUGGGCGUGGCAGCUCUGCCUUGUAGCGGGGAGGUCUCACUCUCCCAAUUAAAAGCUUGAAUCCCUUUCUGCCUUUUUGGCCGCCAUGUUGCUUGUGCCUCUGCCCUCGAGCGCGUGAGAUUUUUCACGCCGCACCUGGCGCUCCUCUGUAUCUUGUUGAAGCUGUUGUCCUGCAUACCUUGGAGAAGAGUUCACCUCGGCAGCGUCUGAAGUAGAAGACAGGCCUUUUGAAAACUUACUGGUGUAUGCGCAGAGGGCAAGAUCAUGCGCGCCUAACUUUGGUGGUUUUUAGCACACAUCUCUCUGCCCGUCCCUGCACCCUCGUUCCCAAUCCUAUCUGUUCCUUCUUUAAACUUCUGCUUCUCUCUCUUCUCUAUCUCCUCCUCCCCCCAAAAAUGCUUCUUUCAUUUCCAAUUAAUUUCUUGACUAGCUUUGGCUUUUAGCGGUGCAGGGAAGUGACGAGAAAUCAGGAGUGAAAACAAUUUCAUCCUUGCCCUCAGUCCAUAAAAAAAAAUAAUCCAAAAGGACGGUCAAAUCCUUCCAAGUAUUUUUGGCAUCUCUUGCUGCUACUGGGUUGCAUUUUUAAAAAAUCCUCUGUGUAUCCUGGGCCCUCUGUCGCUCUGAGAAGCGGGGGACCAUGCUCAGCCUGUGACUUUUUAACGCCAGCAGGUAAGGAAGCCGCAACCUGGUGGCUGAACCGGAUGGCGUCCUCUUGGGGUGCUAGUUGUGUCCUUCCUGGCUCCCAUUAAAGCUUCGCACCUCGGGAUGCUGGACUGUGCACGGGUCGCUUGCUUGAAGCAAGCGGCAAGUGGACUGACCGCCAAGGCACCUGGCCUGACAGCAGGUAACGGGAGAGUGGCUGGACUCUGUCCUAUCCCUCCCCUUGCGCCUGAGAAUGUCUAGGCUAAGCUUCUAACGGAGACGGUUGCCUUCUGCUCCCUGACUCAAUCACUGUCCCUGACCUAGCUUCGGAGUUGCGGCCUCCUCCUGACAGGUGACAGUGCCUGUGGGUAUCUCUCACCGGAGUGGCUGUCAAGCGCCAGGCAGGGCAGGGAGCCCAGUUGAGUGGCAAGCUUUGAAUGGCUGCUUCCUGGUGUUGGCUCCGUAAUGUGGAUUAGACAUAAAUCUCUAGCAUGGCUGCUGGAGGCUUGCGUGCUCUAUCUCAUCCCCCCCCCCAGAAAAAACCUUGGAGUGCCUUCCCAACAUUUCCAAACGUUUGCUAAUAGUAAAAUUGGAAGGUUCCCUCCCCCUUCCUUGUCAGCUGAAGCACAAGUCCCUGGGACAUCCCCUCUGCAGGGAUGUAUCCGCAGAACAGCCUUGAGCCCUCGGAUUGAGCUGGAUUGUGAAGGCUGACAUGCAUUUCCCCCCUUUGAACUGCAGUGGCCAGAGUGUCUUCUUUGUGUGGAUCUCUCAUUCGAGGCUUGUGGGCGGGGGUGGCUGUUCCUUUCCUCUUUGAGCCCUUUGGAGUUCCUCACCAGAAUGACUUGUUCUUUUUGGCCACGGAGCCCUCCCAUCGCCUGCUUUCAGAGUCUGCAAACUUCCUCUUCCUCUGCAACCCCCACCCCUCUCUCGUUCAAUCACUUAUCUGGAGGGUAUUUAAGUAUAGGUGCUUUCCACUCUCUGUUUCUCCCUGAUGGUAGAGGAAGCUGUAAGACAACUCCAUUGUUGUUGCUUCAGAUUUUUUUCAGUGCCCUGCCUUUUGGGUAGAUAACAUAAGCCACCCUUUUUCCUCUUGUGUGCCCCCCCUGCAAAAAACCCCUGCUCACCACCUCACUUGAUCCUAAAAGAAGAGGCAACAAGUGGGACCUUUAAGCCUGUGUUGUAGAUGCGUAGAAACAAGGGUGCAAUUAUGGGUGGUUCUUUAGGAAAGAAUGCUAUGAAGUUGCCACGAGACGGGGGAGAGACCCUCUCUUCCACUGAUCCAUUUAGUGCUGCCGAUUACAGCUGCGAGUAUAUUUUGGGUGUUGAACGAACAUAAAAUGUAAGGGAUUGUGCUUCACUCCCUCCCCCCUUUCUCAAUAGUAUAAAUGGCUCAGUCAUGGGUUUUUGUUUGUUUUGAAGGUCUUUAUUUUUAAUCUUUUGGUUACUCUUAUUUGAUGUGCUUUCUAAGGGACUCCAAACAUGUCAUGCUCUUCAUCGAGUCAAUAAAGCAGCAGGGAGAGAGGAGUUUCUUUGGAGGGGGACCUUUACUGUGUUUUUCUCACCUAGGGCAGAUGGGGAAACUACAGAUUUCAAGUGGACGGAAGAAAAAGGACAACAUUCUUGCGCGGACGGGCUUUAAGAGCCAACAGCAUUCAGUGUCUUUUCUCAGACUAGGAUUUUUGAAAUGCAUUAUCGCAGCUGGAUCUGUUCUGCAUGACACUGUCUGACAGCUAAUUUAAUUCUCUCCCCUCCCCCUCGACUCCCCAAGAGUGCAAAUGUAGUUUAUCAAAUGGAAGGGUAACUCCUGAGGAUUUGAAUGUAUAAUAUUCAGUGUUUUGAGUUAAAAAGUUGUCAAUGAACCAGUGGGAUCAUGUGAUCUACUUACUGUACUUUUUAAAUUUUUUAUUUUACAUAAUGCUUAUAUAUAUAUAUGAACAGUGAGGCUUUUGCUGGGUGUGUGUGUGUGUGUAAUGGGGGUUCAUUUUAUGUUUCUAUGGCGCCAAAGUUCUUGGUCUAGGUUUUCUUCUUGGCGUUGGUUUGGUUUUUUGGGAGGGGUUAAGAGGAAUGUGUUGAGCAUUUUGACGGUGCAAUUUUUUUUUUUUAAGAAACAAUAUUUUCAUCAUGGGGAGAUAAAAUAAAUGGCACUUUACAUUAA